AUGGAAAUGAGGAAGCCACCGUCCUCAAUUCCGUGGCAAACUGACCGACCCUGGAAGCAAUCCUUCUAUGGAUGGAGCCCAGAAACAAGUAGAUGGCAGGGUAUCCAGUCAUCACAGUCAUCGUCCGACAAGUCCAAUUUGAUGAAGCUGGCGGUGUACAGCUGGAACAUCGACUUUAUGCUGCCUCAUGGCGAGGCUCGCAUGAACGCUGCUCUGAAGCACCUGGAGGAGCUUACUCGCCAGCAUCGACUUGAUAAUGAUACAGCGGUUGCUAUCAACCUCCAAGAGUGUGUACCGUUGGAUUUGGAGACUAUCGGUGAAAAGGAUUGGAUCCGGGACAGCUUUUACUGCACAGACAUCGAUACCUCGGCUUGGGCUUCUGGCGCGUAUGGCACCGCUUCCUUGAUAGACCGCCGGCUCGAGAUAUCAUCUUGCUUUCGAGUGCACUACUCGGCUACCCAAAUGGAACGAGACGCACUAUUCAUUGAUGUUUCGGUGUCACCACGGGGACAAAAGGUACGGUUGUGCAAUACACACCUCGAGUCUCUUGUACUGGAGCCACCCAUGCGCCCAGCACAGAUGCGUCUUAUCGCGACUUACUUGCACGCUGAAGGUAUCGCUGGUGCCGUCGUUACAGGCGAUUUCAACGCCAUUCAGCCAUUUGACAGGUCUCUCCACUCAGACAACGACCUUGAAGAUGCAUACUUGGAACUCGGUGGCCAAGAGGGCGAUGGAAGGAGUGCUGAUAAUGGGGCAUAUACGUGGGGGCAACAAGCUUUACCUGAGCUUCGUCUACUAUAUGGCUGUUCACGCAUGGAUAAAGUGUUUUUCUGUGGCGACAGCCUCAGACUUCAAGCAUUUGAGAGAUUUGGUGCUGAUGUGGAACCAGACCAAGAAGAAGAAGAAGUUCGAAAGGAAUUGCUUUCUAUUGGGUUUGAAAGGCCGUGGGUUACCGACCAUCUUGGCGUAAAGGCGACCUUUGAGAUCGUUGCUUGA